UUUUGCAACAGCUGGGGGCACCCUGGUUGGAAAACACUAUUAUACAGGAUAGAAAAUGGUUCCAUCACAUUGAGCAAGCUAUUUCCUAACGUCAGUAAGGACAGCGCCAUCUACUGGUCAGGAACUAAUCACAACAAACAUAGUCCAAGGGAGGGAAGGGAAACUCUUGUACAGGCUGCCAAGGGGUGGGUGUGGUCAAAUUUCUGCCCCUGCAGAUAACUUGGUAUCUCCCUGGAAACUUAGCGUCCUGUUGCCUGGCAACAGACGGGACGCAGAGAGCAGGUAACGUGAUUUCUCUAUGUGUGAUACGAAGUGUCGGUUCUGUAUUUAUUGUUUAUAUCAAACUGUCACAGACUCGCGGCUGCGAUCUCCCACACAGUCCGAAGCCUAAAGUGGCACUACAAGUCCCAGCACACCCGGUCUACCCCGAUAACUGGGACAUGCAGUUCCCCCACAGAAGGGCAGUCAAUGGAGUGCAUACAAUGUGGCAGGAGGUGGAGUGGUCUCCACAAGGGAGAGCAGCUGGGAGAAUCUUAUGCAUCCUCCUCAAGUGCAGAUCUUCUUAUGAGCUGUGGAUAAGGUUCUGUAUGUGAUGUCCAGCAACGAUAAUACAUCCUCAAUGAAUGAAGCGGUGAUGGAGCAGAUAAAAACAGACCACUCCCAUUCUUCAAAGAGGAGUCCGCACUACAUCCAUCCUGGGAAAUCAUCCCGAUCACCUUCUCUUGAGCCAGUAUCUACUGCAGGAAACAGCGAAAUCCAUAGACGAAAAUAUCCGGUUAUCAGACAGCAAGGCUUUUACUCCGAUAUCCUGACCUAUAGCGCAGCUCCUCUGGUCAAAGAUGUCACCGCUGGGCCAUUUGUACGGCCAAAUCUUCUCAGACAAGCUGAUCAGGAGCACAAUACUCCAAAAGUGAACAGCUUUGUGGCCCCAUCUGAUCUUUCUUCGAUCCUGAACAAGCAGGUCUGUGGCCCAACAACACAGGUGCUGGUGAAAUCUGACUUCUCCCAGAAAGGCUACGAGCCAAAAGUACAGCUGCCGUUCACUGUUCCACCAGGACAGUGCCCCCGCAAGAUUGAACUAGAAAGGAGAAGACGUGAAUACCUCAACCUGAAUAUAUGUCAACUUCUUACUAAUGAAGGCAUAGACUCCAAUCUGCUGGUACCCCGGCAUGGUGACCCCAGCGACCUUCCCAGCGGGCAGCUUCUCCCUCCAUAUCUACCUCUGGAGGUUUUUGAUGAUGAAGAGUUUGAUAUUCGGACAUGGGCUGAUUGGCUGAGUCUGGGAUAUGACAAGGAGACGGGUGUACGAAAACCUGUACCAGGACAAGCACUUCUCCCAGUAGAUGAUGUCCUGGGGCAUGAAGAUCCAAAGAAUCCACAGCUGGAAUAUAAGUGGUGCAAUGUUGGUGUCCUGGAAUAUGAUGAACAGAAGAAGCUCUACUUAGUCCAUAAGUCCACAGGCAAUGAGCUCCUGAGUGCAGCAAACUGCAGAGCGCCACAGACAGGAAUGCCCGUAGUGUCCUCUUUCCAGUACUGGAUUCCUCAGAUUAGGCUGCUGUUUUGUGCUGAGAAUCCACAAGUGUUGGCACAGAGGAUUGUAGCGGCCAACCAGCUUCGAGAGAAGACUGAAGCUCUACUCUUGUAUAACCUGUAUGUGGACUGUAUGCCCGUGACUGGUAGCCUUAAGAUCUCAGGGGAAAGUCUGGGCAGAAUGAAGCAACGGCUACUGAGCACAUCACGCCUGAACAAGGAUGAUAAUGCUCAUCACCAUCUGAAACAUCUUGUAAUGGAGAUCAGCCUGGACUAUGAACGUACAAUGAACAAUCUCGUCUUUGACAAACUGGUGUCCUCCAAACCCCACAAGUUUUCCUAUGUUACUCUUCCAGACAGAGCCAAGGACAAGGUCCCGAGCAAAGGAUUAAUUGAUGUUCCCAGCUAUCCAUUUGUCAAGAACAGGGCAGAGUUCACAUUCACCACUCUCCUGACCAGGACCGAGGUCAUCACCUCCCUCUGUAAAGUGCGAACUGAAUGCAACAAGGCGUCUUCUAUGUCUUUGUUUCAUUCCACCCUGACCAAGUGUGUCCGACUGGAGGAAUUUGAGCAAACACAAUCACAGACCUUCUCUCAGGUCCAGUUGUUCUUAAAGGACAGCUGGGUGAGCACCCUGAAGAAUGCCAUCCGCAGCAGCCUGAGAGACGUAGGGAAAGGUUGGUACGACCUCAGUGAGUGUAACUGGGAGGUGUACCACAUGUCCAAACUCCGGCAGCUCAUGGAGCUCAUCAAGUUUAACCUACAGGACUCUCUGCGCUUUCUGGUACAAGACUCCAUUGUCAGCUUUACCCAGUUCAUACUAGAUGCUUGCUACAGUGUGUUAUCGUGUCCUGAGGAGCUGGACUGGGGGGGUGACCUCAUCAACAGCCCAUACAAACCUCGGAAAAAUCCAAUUUUUCUGCUGGACUUGGUGCUGGACAGCUCUGGGGCUCAUUUCAGCACUCCACUGGAGAACUUUGAGACAACUCUGAUGACUUUGUUUGAUAAAGGGAUCCAGGCAACUCACAGCGUCCCCCAACUAGAGAAAUUUGUGCUGGAGGACCUCUUUAUUAGUGGCACGCCUCUCCUGGAGUCUGUCGGUCUGCAUGAACUUGCAGUAGAAGAGCUGCGUAACAACAUCCGCAUGGCCAUUUGUAAAGCUUUGAUACCACUGAAGGCCUAUGCAAAACAAUACGAGAAAUACCUGGAACUUAACAACACAGAUGUGGAGACUUACAUGAAAGCUUUCCGAGCAAAGAACCCCUCAGCCCCAGAAGUAAGACAAGCUGCUGAAGAACAUCUUCUUGAAAAAGAACGGCUGGACCAUGCUCUCCCCAACUCCAUCAUAGUCGGUCCCUUCCAGAUCAUUAUAGAAGGGGUGAAGCAGAAUUUGUCUCGGAAAAGAAAAGCUCUCUCUAAUGCACUGCUUGAGUUAUUCGCUAAGAAUGUACACAAAGAAGUGGAGGAGAUUUCAGAGAAGUUCCGAGCCAUCAGUCGUAAACUGUAUGAAAAGCCAAAUAGUAUUGAGGAAUUGACAGAGCUCCGAGAGUGGAUGAAGGGAGUUCCUGAGCAGGUUAAAUCUCUGGAGGAGCAAAUACGGAAAGUGCUUGGUGAUUACGACGUCAUUGAUGAGUUCUACUACAGCUUGUCUCAGGAUGACUUCAAUGCCAAGUGGUUUGUCAUUGCCUGGCCUCAUAAGAUAUCAGUUACCAUGGAAACCAUCCGAGAGCAACAUUUGGAAGAUGAGGAGAGAUUCGGUAAAAUUCAAGUUAUGGACCAAAACAAUUUCUUGGAAAGACUAGACACCUUGCAGAUGGUUGUUGCUGGAUUCUCCACCCACGUUGAUAUAAACCGCGCUCAUGAGAUUGCCAAUGAGGUUCGAAGGGUUCACAAGCAGCUUAAUGAAUCUCAGCACCUGGCUCAGCUCUACAACAACAGGGAGAGGCUCUUUGGCCUUCCAGUCACCAAUUAUGACAAGCUGUUAAGACUGGUGAAGGAAUUUCAGCCCUUCCGUGACCUAUGGACCACUGUCUCAGACUGGAUGCGCUGGUAUGAAAGCUGGAUGAAUGACCCUCUUUCCACCAUCGAUGCAGAGCAACUGGAAAAGAACGUAAUGGAGUCCUAUAAAAACAUGCAUAAGUGUGUUAAACAUUUCCGAGACAUUCCAGCCUGCCAAGAGGUGGCUCAGGAUAUUAAAGGACGCAUUGAAGACUUUAAGCCCUACAUUCCACUCAUACAAGGCCUGCGAAACCCUGGUAUGAGGAACCGGCACUGGGAGAUUUUAUCUGAACAGAUCAAGAUAAACAUUAAGCCCAAAUCCAAUCUAACCUUCACCCGCUGCCUGGAAAUGAAGCUUCAAGAUCACAUCGAGAGCAUAGCCAAAGUGGCCGAGAUUGCUGGGAAGGAAUUCUCUAUUGAGCAGGCUCUAGACAAGAUGGAGGGGGAGUGGUCUUCAGUACUCUUCAACAUCUUACCUUAUAAAGAGACAGGGACAUUUAUCCUGAAGAGCCCAGAAGAAGCUUCUCAGUUGUUAGAUGACCACAUUGUCAUGACCCAAAGCAUGUCCUUUUCUCCUUACAAGAAGCCCUUUGAAGAUCGCAUCAACACCUGGGAGAGCAAACUGCGAUUGACACAGGAUGUGUUGGAGGAAUGGCUGACCUGCCAGCGCUCCUGGCUCUACCUGGAGCCAAUAUUUAGCUCAGAUGACAUCAACAGACAACUGCCAGUGGAAAGUAAGCGUUACCAGACCAUGGAGAGGACCUGGAGGAAAAUCAUGCGCAGUGCAGAAGAGAAUAAACAGGUCAUUUCCUUGUGCCCAGAUCCUCGUCUCCUGGAAAGUCUGAGAGAAUGCAACAAGCUUUUGGAAUUAGUGCAAAAAGGGCUCAGUGAAUACUUGGAGACCAAAAGAGGGGCUUUUCCCAGGUUCUACUUUCUUUCCGAUGAUGAACUCCUGGAGAUCCUAUCCCAAACCAAGGAUCCCACUGCGGUGCAGCCACACUUGCGCAAGUGUUUUGAAAAUGUUGCACGGCUGUUGUUUCAGCCCGAUCUACAGAUAACUCACAUGUAUUCUGCUGAGGGUGAGCAGGUGCAGCUGUCCAAACCCAUCUAUCCAACAGGCAAUGUGGAGGACUGGUUACUGGACGUGGAGAAGGUUAUGAAGGCCAGUGUGAGGGAUUACAUAGAAAGAGCUAUAAAAGUCUAUCCUGAGACUCCUCGUUCAGAAUGGGUGAUGAACUGGCCGGGUCAAGUCACCAUAGCCGGAUGUCAGACAUUUUGGACCAAGGAAGUGUCUGAGGCUCUUGAGGCCAAGGAUCUGUCCACCAGACUCUUCCCACAGCUGGAGGCUCAGCUCAGUGACCUUGUUGCUUUGGUCCGUGGUAAACUAUCUCGCAUGCAACGUUCCAUCCUCUCUGCCCUCAUUGUGAUUGAGGUCCAUGCCAAAGAUGUUGCUGCACGCCUGAUUGAGGAAAAUGUUAACAGUGUCAAUGAUUUUGAGUGGAUAUCUCAACUCCGGUAUUACUGGAGCCAGAAUGACCUGUAUGUAAGAGCGGUCAAUGCCGAGUUCCUGUACGGCUAUGAAUACCUUGGUAACACUGGACGUCUGGUCAUAACGCCACUGACGGACAGGUGCUACCUAACGCUCACUGGAGCUCUCCAUUUGAAGUUUGGAGGUGCCCCUGCUGGACCUGCUGGAACAGGGAAGACAGAGACCACAAAAGACCUGGGGAAAGCUCUUGCAAUCCAAACUGUUGUGUUCAACUGCUCUGACCAGCUGGACUUCAUGGCCAUGGGCAAGUUUUUUAAAGGAUUAGCCAGUUCUGGAGCCUGGGCAUGCUUUGACGAGUUCAAUAGAAUAGACAUAGAGGUACUGUCUGUGGUCGCCCAACAGAUCACCACAAUCCAGAAGGCUCAGCAGCAACGAGUGGACCGCUUCAUGUUUGAGGGAGUGGAGAUCCCAUUGGUGUCUACCUGCGCUGUUUUCAUAACCAUGAAUCCUGGAUAUGCCGGUCGCACAGAAUUACCAGAUAACCUGAAGGCUCUCUUCCGACCUGUGGCUAUGAUGGUGCCAGAUUAUGCCAUGAUUGCUGAGAUCUCAUUAUAUUCUUUUGGGUUUAACAAUGCCAAGAUUUUAGCAAAGAAAAUAACAACAACUUUCAAGCUGUCCUCUGAGCAGCUGAGUUCCCAGGAUCACUACGAUUUUGGAAUGAGAGCUGUAAAAACAGUCAUUUCUGCUGCUGGAAACUUGAAGAGAGAGAAUCCCGCCAUGAAUGAGGAACUUAUCUGCCUCAGAGCUAUUCGAGAUGUCAAUGUUCCCAAGUUUCUUCAAGAUGACCUGAAGCUCUUCAGUGGGAUCGUCUCAGACCUUUUCCCAAGAAUUGAGGAGGAACCUAUCGAUUAUGGCAGCUUGGAGGAUGCAAUUCGUAAAACCUGUUCCCAGAGAAACCUAAAGGACGUGGAUGGAUUUGUGACCAAGUGCAUCCAGCUAUAUGAGACCACUGUGGUACGACAUGGCUUGAUGCUUGUGGGACCUACUGGUUCAGGAAAGUCAGAGUGCUAUAAGGUCCUUGCAGCUGCUAUGUCAUCCCUCAAGGGACUCCCUUCUGUCAGUGGAGGGACCUAUGAAACUGUUCACUACUAUGUCUUAAAUCCUAAGUCCAUCACCAUGGGUCAGCUGUAUGGAGAAUUUGAUCUUCUCACACAUGAAUGGACAGAUGGGAUCCUUUCCUCACUUAUUCGAGGAGGUGCUUCAUCUUUAGAUCCAGACAAGAAGUGGUACAUGUUUGAUGGACCUGUAGAUGCUGUUUGGAUUGAAAAUAUGAACACUGUGCUGGAUGAUAACAAAAAGCUGUGUCUGAGCUCAGGGGAGAUCAUAAAGCUUACAGAGGCCAUGACCAUGAUGUUUGAGGUCCAAGAUUUGGCUGUUGCAUCCCCAGCCACUGUUUCUCGCUGUGGCAUGGUGUAUCUGGAACCCAGUAUUCUAGGACUUGUCCCUUUUACGGAGUGCUGGCUUUGUCGGAUUCCCUCUGUCAUGAAACCAUAUGCCGAGCAGUUGGAGUCAUUGUUCUCACGUUUUUUGCAGGAUUCCAUCCAGUCUGUGCAUCGUACAGUGAAGGAAGUUAUCACCUCCACCUCCAGUAACCUGGUGAUGAGUCUCCUUAAACUGCUGGAGUGUUUCUUUCAACCCUUCAUUCCAAGAGAGGGACAGAAACAAAUCCCACAAGAAAAGCUGGAUCGCAUUGGGGAACUGGUGGAAAGCUGGUUCAUAUUCUCUCUGAUCUGGAGUGUGGGCAUCACCGGGGACUCUGACGGCCGUGUGCUCUUUAGUACAUUUUUGAGGGACAAAAUGAUUUCAGAGAAGGUUACAGUACUGUUUCCAGAAGAAGGUCUGGUCUAUGACUAUGUGCUGGAUGAUGCCGGGAUAAACAACACUGAAGAUGAUGAUGAUGACACACGGAGAAAGGUGUGCUGGGUGAACUGGAUGGAGUCCUCUGCACCUUUCUCCAUAGCUCCUGACACCAGCUAUUCUGAUAUUAUUGUGCCCACGCUGGACACCAUACGCAUGUCUCAUCUUCUGGGAAUGCUACUGGCCAAUAAAAAGCCGGUACUAUGCGUAGGUCCUACAGGGACUGGGAAGACCCUGACCAUCUCGGACAAGCUGCUGAAAAACAUGCCCCAGGAAUACAUCAGUCACUUCCUUAUGUUUUCUGCACGAACAUCAGCCAAUCAAACGCAAGAUCUAAUAGACAGCAAACUAGAUAAAAGGAGGAAGGGAGUGUUCGGACCACCCCUUGGACGUUACUUUGUCUUCUUUAUUGAUGACAUGAAUAUGCCAGCCCUAGAGACGUAUGGUGCACAGCCACCUAUCGAGUUGCUGAGACAGUGGAUGGACCACGGGGGAUGGUAUGACCGCAAACAGAUAGGUGUCUUCAAGAAACUAGUGGACAUUAAUUUUCUGUGUGCCAUGGGACCACCUGGGGGUGGCAGGAAUCCAGUGUCUCCUCGACUCACACGUCACUUCAACUACUUGUGCUUUACUGAGAUGGGUGACAGCAGCAAGAGACGGAUUUUCUCCACCAUUUUGGAAAGCUGGAUGGCGGGAGUCCCGGUGGUUCAGCAGCUUACAGAACAGCUGGUUGAUGCUACAAUUAAAGUGUACAAGACAAUCACAUCACAGUUGCUUCCUACCCCAGCAAAGUCUCACUAUACAUUCAAUCUCCGAGACCUGUCAAAAGUUUUCCAAGGAAUAUUGAUGGCUGAACCAGCUAAGAUUGAGGACAAGAUUUCCCUCUUGAAACUGUGGUACCAUGAAUCGUGCCGGGUUUUCCAGGACCGGCUGGUGAAUGAUGAGGACCGCAGGUGGUUUGAUGACCUCAUGAAGGGUAGGAUGCAGGAAUUUGGAGUCACCUUCGAGGAGGUGAUACCACAGCAGCCGGUACUAUACGGUGAUUUUAUGACCUCUGGAUCUGAUUCCAAAUUAUAUGAACUCAUUGAAGAUAGGGAGAAGCUCCUUCGUGUCAUGGCGGAUUACAUGGAAGAUUAUAAUCAGAUCAACACGUCAAAGAUGAAGUUGGUUCUUUUUCUAGACGCCAUUCAACAUAUUUGCCGGAUUAGUCGGGUCCUGCGUCAACCACUUGGCAACGCUCUGCUAUUGGGUGUUGGAGGAAGUGGAAGACAGUCUUUGACCAGACUAGCAAGUCACAUGGCAGAAUAUGAAUGUUUCCAGAUUGAAUUGUCCAAAAACUAUGGAAUCCUGGAGUGGAGAGAAGAUAUUAAGAAAAUUUUGUUAAAAGCUGGACUGCAGAAUACUCCAGUUACAUUUCUUUUCACUGACACCCAGAUUAAAAGUGAGUCAUUCCUCGAAGACAUCAACAACAUUCUUAAUUCGGGAGAUGUCCCUAAUCUGUAUGGACCUGAAGAACAGGAUCAAAUUGUCACAGUCAUGAAACCAGUUGUACAAGACAUGGGGCAACAACCAACAAAAGCCAACUUAAUGGCCGCCUACACAAGACGCGUAAGGGGCAACAUUCAUACAGUGCUGUGCAUGAGCCCGAUAGGUGAGGUGUUCCGCUCCCGUUUGAGGCAGUUCCCAUCCUUGGUAACAUGUUGCACCAUUGACUGGUUUGACGAGUGGCCAGCGGAAGCCUUAGAGUCAGUGGCUUCUUAUUUUUUAAUGGAGAUUCCAGAGCUUGAGACUAGUGAAUCUGUGGUCCAAGGCAUGAUCAAAAUGUGUGUGGAGAUGCACCAGUCAGUCGCUGUGAAGUCCAAGCAAUACUUAGCUGAGCUGUCUCGAUAUAAUUACAUCACACCUAAGAGCUACCUGGAGCUGCUCGGAAUAUAUUCCAGUCUUAUCGGUAAAAAACAAAUGGAGAUCAAGACUGCCAAAGACAGGAUGAAAAGCGGGCUGGAUAAGCUUCUUCACACAGCUGAGGAUGUUGCUAAGAUGCAAGAGGAAUUGGAGAUAAUGCGCCCAUUACUGGAGGAGGCCGCACAAGACACUCUCACCACUAUGCAGAAAAUUGAGGAAGACACAGUAGUAGCUGAAGCCACCAGGGCCUCUGUGCAGGUAGAGGAAGCUAAGGCCACAGAGAAGGCACGCAAAGCUCAGGACAUUGCAGAUGAUGCCCAGAAGGACCUAGAUGAGGCUCUACCAGCUCUGGAUGCUGCCCUCGCCAGUUUAAAGUCUCUCAACAAAAAUGAUGUCAUUGAGGUCAGGGCCAUGCAGCGCCCUCCAGUGGGAGUAAAACUUGUGAUUGAAGCUGUCUGCAUAAUGAAAGGCAUCAAACCAAAGAAAGUGGCCGGAGAAAAACCUGGAAGUAAAAUUGAUGACUACUGGGAGCCGGGGAAAGGUAUACUUCAAGACCCGGGCAAGUUUCUGGAGGGGCUAUUUAAAUUUGACAAGGAAAAUAUUCCAGAUGCUGUUAUUAAAGCCAUACAGCCUUACAUUGACAAUGAGGAAUUUCAGCCAGCGGCCAUCGCUAGAGUGUCAAAGGCUUGUACCUCCAUCUGUCAGUGGGUGCGGGCCAUGCAUAAAUAUCAUUUUGUGGCGCGAGGUGUGGAACCCAAAAGACAAGCACUAAAAGAAGCUCAGGAAGAUUUGGCAGUGACACAGAAAAUCCUGGAUGAAGCCAAAGCCCGACUGAACGAAGUAGAAGAGGGGAUUACAACUUUACAGGCAAAGUACCGUGACUGUGUGUCCAAGAGGGAAGAGCUGGAACAGAAAUGUGACCAAUGUGAACAGAAACUGAUCCGCGCUGAUAAGUUGAUCACUGGCUUGGCUGAUGAGCGCCUGCGCUGGCAAGAUACAGUCUUAACCCUGGAGAACCUGCUAGUCAAUGUUACAGGAGAUCUGCUGCUGUGUGCCGGAUUCCUAGCUUAUCUAGGACCAUUCACAGGACAGUACAGGAUAUCUUUGUUUGAGCAAUGGACUAAGCAGCUGAAGGAUCUUGGCGUACCAUGUACACAGGAGCCAUCUCUUAUAGGGACCCUGGGAGACCCUGUGAAAAUCCGCUCCUGGCAGAUUGCUGGACUUCCGAAUGAUACAUUGUCUGUGGAGAAUGGAGUCAUAACUCAGUAUUCACAACGCUGGUCUCUUUUCAUUGACCCUCAAGGUCAAGCCAACCGGUGGAUCAAAAAUUUGGAGAAAGACAAUGGCUUGGAUGUUGUGAAGCUCAGUGACCGGGACUUUUUACGCAGUUUAGAAAAUGCCAUUCGCUUUGGGAAGCCAUUUUUAAUGGAAAAUGUAGGAGAAGAGCUGGAUCCGGCACUGGAACCUGUGCUACUGAAACAGAGCUACAAGCAGCAAGGUAGCACUGUUCUACGUCUGGGUGAUGCUGUCAUUCCGUAUCAUGAUGAUUUCCGGAUGUACAUCACAACCAAACUACCAAAUCCUCACUAUCCACCAGAAAUCUGCACCAAAGUCACACUUAUCAACUUCACUCUUUCUCCCAGUGGCCUGGAAGAUCAACUCCUCGGACUAGUUGUAGCAGAAGAACGUCCAGAUUUGGAAGAAGCCAAGAAUCAAUUAAUUCUGUCUAAUGCCAAAAUGCGACAGGAGCUGAAGGAAAUCGAGGAUCAGAUUCUCAUGCGCCUCAGCUCUUCACAAGGAAACCCAGUGGAUGAUGUGGAUUUGAUCAAAGUGCUGGAGGCCUCAAAAGUGAAAGCUGGAGAGAUCAAGGCAAAAGUUCAAGUAGCAGAGCAGACAGAAAGAGAUAUAGAUAUUACCCGACACCAGUACGUUCCUGUAGCUGUAAGGACACAAAUACUGUUCUUCUGUGUCUCAGAUCUGUCCAAUGUAGAUCCUAUGUAUCAGUACUCACUUGAGUGGUUCCUAGGUAUCUUCUCUGCUGCUAUUGCCAAUUCUGAAAGAGCAGAAACGGUGGACAAAAGGAUCAACAAUAUCAACACAUAUUUUACCUUCAGUCUCUUUUGCAAUGUCUGUCGGAGUCUCUUUGAAAAGCAUAAACUGAUGUUCUCCUUCCUGCUGUGUGUGCGGAUUCUCAUGGACAAAGGUCUCAUUAACAUGGAAGAAUGGCGCUUUCUCUUAUCUGGUGGCACAGCCCCGACACUGGUUGAGAACCCCUGUGCUGAUUGGUUGACUGAACGAGCAUGGAGAGACAUCCAGGCCUUGAGUACACUGAGCAACUUCAACAACAUCAAAGAGCAUAUCAUACAACACCAAGAAGAAUACCAAAGGAUCUGUGACAGCUCCGAACCACAUCGGGAAUCACUUCCUGGCGAAUUGGACCAGAAAUUGGAUUCCUUUCAAAAGAUGCUGAUUCUGCGAUGUCUAAGAGGAGACAAAGUCACCAAUGUCAUGCAAGACUAUGUCUGCCAGUAUCUGGGACAGAGAUUCAUUGAACCCCAGACCGCAGACCUGGGAGCUGUGUACCGCGAGUCUUCUCCUGUGACUCCAUUGAUCUUCAUCUUAUCACCUGGAACUGACCCAGCUGCAGAUCUCUACAAAUUUGCAGAGGAGAUGAGGUUUUCCAAGAAGCUAGCGGCUAUAUCAUUAGGUCAGGGACAGGGUCCUCGGGCUGAAGCAAUGAUGCAUAAUGCCAUGGAACGUGGAAAGUGGAUAUUUUUCCAAAAUUGCCAUCUUGCCCCAAGUUGGAUGCCCUCAUUAGAAAGGCUAGUAGAGAAUAUAGAUCCAGAUAAGGUUCAUCGGGACUUUAGGCUUUGGCUCACCAGUAUGCCCAGUAACCAGUUCCCAGUAUCCAUCCUACAGAAUGGCUCUAAACUCACCAUUGAGCCUCCACGUGGUGUGAAAGCAAACCUUUUGCGCACCUACCUAAGUCUAAGCGAUGCACAACUUAAUGACUGCAAAAAGGCUACUGAAUGCAAGGCUUUGCUGCUGUCUCUCUGCUUUUUCCAUGGGAGCAUACUGGAAAGGCGGAAGUUUGGACCAUUAGGGUUCAACAUUCCUUAUGAAUUCACAGAUGGAGAUCUCAGAAUUUGCAUUUCUCAGCUGCGAAUGUUCCUUGAGGAAUAUACAGACAUCCCAUACAAAGUUCUGCGUUACACAGCCGGGGAGAUAAAUUAUGGUGGCCGUGUUACAGAUGACUGGGAUAGACGCUGCCUCCUUAACAUCCUACAGGACUUUUACCAACCUCCAGUUCUAGAAGAAGGUUUCAAGUUCUCAGAGUCUGGAGUGUAUCACCAGAUUAGUCCAGCCUACGACCUUAAUGGUUACUUGCAGUACAUCCGAUCUCUUCCUCUCAAUGAUAUGACAGAAUUGUUUGGACUCCAUGAAAACGCAAAUAUCACUUUUGCUCAGAAUGAAAGCUUUGCCCUGUUGGGAUCCCUUGUAACCCUGCAGCCACGUACACAGAGUACAGGAGGGAGUCGCGAUGAGAUGGUGGAAGAAAUUGCAGAAGGGAUCCUGAAGAAGAUUCCACAGCUCAUCCCGGUGCAGGACGUAAUGGCAAAGUAUCCUGUCAUGUAUCAAGAGUCAAUGAACACUGUGCUGGUACAAGAAGUCAUACGGUAUAACAGACUUCUCAGCACCCUCUUCCAGACCCUGAGAGAUCUGCUAAAAGCAAUGAAAGGCCAGGUCGUCAUGUCUUCUCAGCUGGAGCUUAUGGCAAACAGUCUCUAUAACAACUCUGUGCCAGAACUCUGGAGAGCAAAGGCUUAUCCAUCUCUGAAGCCCCUGGCUUCCUGGGUCAUAGAUCUUCUGCAGAGAAUUGACUUCCUUCAGAAGUGGAUCACAGAAGGAAUUCCUGCUGUCUUCUGGAUCAGUGGAUUAUUUUUUCCUCAGGCAUUCCUAACUGGCACUUUACAGAACUUUGCAAGGAAACAUAUUAUUUCCAUUGAUACAAUAUCAUUUGAUUUUAAGGUCCUUAGUGAGACAGUGGCAGAUCUUCAAGAGCGUCCCUCAGAAGGUUGUUACAUAUCCGGUUUGUAUCUGGAAGGAGCUUGUUGGGACAAGACUACAAUGCAGUUAGCAGAGGCAAGACCCAAAGAACUAUACACAGAGAUGGCAGUCAUCUGGCUUUGCCCCGUUGCUGAACGCAGGCCUCCUGUAUCUGGGACGUACCUGUGCCCUAUCUAUAAAACACUGACAAGAGCAGGAACUCUCUCAACCACUGGACAUUCCACUAACUAUGUUAUUGCAGUCGAACUUCCCAGCAGCAAGCCGCAGUCACACUGGAUAAAGGGCGGAGUGGCCCUAAUAUGUGCCCUGGAUUACUGAUGACAAUUCAAGGACAGACUGUUCCAUUCCGUCAUUGCACUAAACACAACCAUUGAUCCCAGCCACUUGGAUGCCCGAUAGUUCAUGCAGACUCUUUGCUGCAGCUGUACCAAAAUAGUUCUGGACAUAAAUCACAGCACUUCUGCUUUCUACAACUAGAUAUAUAUAUAUAUAUAUA